CGCAUUCCUGGUAACGUUUGUUUUUAAAAGGGUCCUUUAGAGCUGUAGUUAGAAGUAACAGUAUAAAUGGCAGACGAAGAACUAAAUUGGAUUUUUGAUUCACUAGUAGGCUUUUUAAAAGGUCCUAUAUGGAAUAUUCCCAUUUUGACUUUCCUUGAACAGAAAUCAACAGUAUUUGAACCAGGAACUGAAAAUGAAGGAGAAUAUAAAAAGAUUCAUGAAGAAUAUAAAAACUUGGUGGACUUUAUGUUGGGUAGCCAUAUGGAAGACUUAGGAAUUAGUCCAGAGAAGUUUGAACAAGCCUGUGGGAAAGCUGAUGGCAACAUUCAUUCACAGUUUCAACAGAGUCUUUUUGAGCAAGUUUGGGCUGCAGAUGAUUAUGAGAUUUUCAAAAGAAUGAUGACACAAAAAAACAUUGAGCUUCAACUACAAGCCUUGGAAGUUUUUGCCCAGUACCAUGGUGUUGUCCCUGAUGGUCUUGUUCCUGAUACCAGUUGCACUCAAAACAAGGAAGAAGAAGAAAUUUUGGCAGCUGUUAUCAAGAAAUCUUUGGAAGAUUAUAAAGCUGAUAUGGAACUGAUACAAAAGGAAGAUGCAGAUUUAAAAACAGUUCUUCAAACUACUUUAACAGAUAAAGCUCGACUGGAGAAAGAGCGACAAAGAGAAAAAGAAAUGCUAGAAAAGGCUCUGAUGUUGUCAAUUCACGAUGGAGGUAAACAAGUAAUUCCAGAAAGUAAGACUCAAGAUGAUAAUACCCCAUCUCUCCACUUGAUAACUUUACACAACUCAAACCCUGACUGCCAUGGAUGUAUAGCUAAUUUUCUUUUUUAA